AUGGCCCCGUCUAAUUUCUUGAAUUUACUCGCAGCUGCGACCCUCGCCGUCAUCGCCCUGUCUUACAGCCCAGUGUCAGUCGCUGCUCUUUCUCCUGAUUUUCACGGUCAGAAUUUUCAUCGCCGUGGUGUCCACCAUGGUAUGCGUCGUGAGCUUGUCUCCAAGAAAAAGCGUUCGAAUUCGAAGCGCUGCAAGGUUCGCGAGUCCUCGUCGCUAGUCUCUUCUUCAACCGUAUCUUCGUACACACCCGCUUCCACUUCUUCGGCCCCCCCCUAUAUAGCGCCUACCACAACUAGCUCUUCGAGCACCUACGUCGCCUCCUCCACAUCCUCUGCUACCACUUCUUCCAGCUCGGGUGUCUGGACUGGGCCCAAAGGUGGUCUGGCAUGGCCCAAUGGCAACACUGGCACACUGGGUGACUGGAAGACUAACCAUAUGACAUACCUGUACACUUGGGGCAGUGACCCCCUUCCUGCUGCCUCCAAUGUUGGGUUCCAAGUCCUCCCUCAACUUUGGGGUGACAAGGAUAUUGCGGAAUUUGAACAGAACAUCGGCUCUUACACUACCCCCACUUACAUUCUAGCUUUCAACGAGCCCAAUGAGCCCACUCAGUCCAACAUGACUCCUGAGCAUGCCGUUCAGUUGUGGUGGCAGUACAUUGAACCUCAGAAGGCCAAUGGGCACAAGCUCGUUGCCCCCGCCGUCUCUUCCAGUCCCGCAGGCUUCACCUGGACUCAAGAGUUCUUCGCUCAAUGUGUUGGAUGCACUAUUGAUGCCAUCGCUACGCACUACUAUGAUGUCUCUGCCUCAGAUUUCAUCACGUAUCAGACCAACUUCUAUAACACGUUCAAACUCCCAAUCUUGGUUACUGAGUACGCAUGCCAAAACUUUAACAAUGGGCCCCAAUGUACAUCAGACGAAAUUUGGAGUUUCUUGGCCACUACAACUGCAUGGAUGGAUUCCACUGACUGGAUUGUAAGUUACAUGUGGUUCGGUGCUAUGCUCGACAUGUACAAUGUUAACGUCGAAUGCCAGCUGAUGGCCUCAGACAGUUUGCCUAACAGUCUUGGGUAUAGGUUUAUCAAUGGUUACUAA